GGCGGCCGGAGCCCGGGGGAGGGGAGGCGCAAGGACAUGGGCUGGUUCUGAGCGCCGGGGGAGGGAAGCCGUCGUGCGUGUGCCUCCCUAGAUUUUAAUAACUGUUUGUUGUUGGGUGGUGUAGGUUCGGGUUUUUCUCCCCCCAGCCCCCCGUUUUCCAGCAAGGCGGAGGGGAGAGCGGCAGCGCCUGCAUGGCUCCUCUGCCCCGGAGCGCCCCUGGAAAAUAGAACCCGUCUCGGGCCAGGUGACAUCCCCCCGCCGCCGCGCUCACACUCGCGGGAGCGGCAGGGGCGGGGGAGCCGCCCGUGAGGACAUGGAGGGACCCUCGGGGGAAGCGGAGCUGCCGCUCCUCACGGUGAAGCACGAGCUGAGGAACGCAAAUUUGACAGGCCAUGCAGAGAAAGUUGGCAUUGAAAACUUUGAGCUCCUGAAAGUUCUUGGAACAGGGGCCUACGGAAAAGUAUUCCUAGUGCGGAAAGUAAGCGGCCAUGAUGCUGGAAAACUGUAUGCCAUGAAAGUACUGAAGAAAGCAACAAUAGUUCAGAAAGCCAAAACAACUGAGCACACCCGGACAGAGCGACAAGUCUUGGAGCACAUUAGGCAAUCACCGUUUUUGGUCACGUUACAUUAUGCCUUCCAGACAGAUACAAAGCUUCAUCUCAUUUUAGACUAUAUAAAUGGAGGAGAAUUGUUUACUCAUCUUUCACACAGAGAGAGAUUCUCAGAAAAUGAGGUGCAAAUUUACAUCGGAGAAAUCGUUUUGGCACUUGAACAUCUCCACAAGUUGGGGAUUAUAUAUCGGGAUAUAAAACUUGAGAAUAUUCUCCUGGAUUCUGAUGGCCAUGUGGUGCUGACAGACUUUGGUCUAAGUAAGGAGUUUCUUACUGAUGAGAACGAGAGAGCAUAUUCCUUCUGUGGAACAAUAGAAUAUAUGGCUCCCGAUAUUGUAAGAGGGGGAGACACAGGACAUGAUAAGGCUGUUGAUUGGUGGAGUGUUGGUGUUCUUAUGUAUGAAUUGUUAACUGGAGCAUCACCAUUUACAGUCGACGGAGAGAAGAAUUCCCAAGCAGAGAUUUCUAGGAGAAUAUUAAAAAGUGAGCCACCUUAUCCACAAGAAAUGAGUGCUCUGUCUAAGGAUAUAAUUCAACGGCUUUUAAUGAAAGACCCCAAGAAGAGGCUAGGGUGUGGUCCCACUGAUGCUGAUGAAAUCAAACAGCAUCCCUUUUUCCAGAAUAUGAAUUGGGAGGACUUAGCUGCCAAAAAAAUACCAGCUCCAUUUAAACCAGUAAUUAGAGAUGAAUUGGAUGUCAGUAAUUUUGCAGAAGAGUUUACAGAAAUGGAUCCAACAUACUCUCCUGCAGCAACCCCUCAGACUUCAGAAAGAAUAUUUCAGGGAUAUUCUUUCGUUGCACCUUCUAUUUUGUUUAAACGCAAUGCAGCUACAGUAGAUCCUUUUCAGUUUUACGUGGGGGAUGAGCGACCUGGAACUACAACUAUUGCCAGAAGUGCUAUGAUGAAGGACUCUCCAUUUUAUCAUCAUUAUGAACUGGAUCUGAAAGAGAAACCCUUGGGAGAAGGAAGUUUUUCCAUUUGUCGAAAGUGCUUACACAAGAAAACUAGCCAAGAGUAUGCAGUAAAAAUAAUUAGCAAAAGAAUGGAAGCCAACACCCAGAGAGAAAUAACAGCUCUGAGACUCUGUGAAGGACACCCGAAUGUAGUGAAGUUACAUGAAGUUUUUCAUGACCAGCUUCACACUUUCCUAGUAAUGGAAUUGCUGAAGGGAGGAGAAUUGCUUGAACGUAUUCAGCAAAAGAAACAUUUCAGUGAGACUGAAGCCAGUCACAUCAUGCGCAGACUUGUUUCAGCAGUGAGCCAUAUGCAUGAUGUAGGAGUAGUCCAUAGAGACCUGAAACCUGAGAAUUUACUAUUUACAGAUGAAACUGAUAAUUCAGAAAUAAAAAUAAUUGAUUUUGGUUUUGCCCGUUUAAAACCACCUGAUAAUCAGCCUCUUAAGACUCCGUGUUUUACUCUUCAUUAUGCUGCCCCAGAGCUCUUGAAUCACAAUGGUUAUGAUGAGUCUUGUGAUCUGUGGAGUUUGGGAGUCAUUUUGUACACAAUGCUGUCAGGACAAGUGCCAUUUCAGUCUCAAGACAGAAGUUUAACAUGUACCAGUGCAUUGGAAAUCAUGAAGAAAAUAAAAAAGGGAGAAUUUUCCUUUGAAGGAGAGGCAUGGAAAAAUGUUUCUGAAGAGGCUAAAGAGCUAAUUCGAGGACUUCUUACAGUGGAUCCAAACAAAAGAAUUAAAAUGUCUAGCCUGAGAUACAAUGAGUGGCUUCAGGAUGGCAGCCAGCUCUCCUCUAACCCUCUGAUGACGCCUGAUAACUUAGGCUCUUCAGGAGCUGCAGUGCACACGUAUGUCAAAGCCACUUUCCAUGCCUUUAACAAGUACAAAAGGGAAGGAUUUUGUCUCCAGAAUGUGGACAAGGCACCUCUUGCAAAAAGGAGGAAAAUGAAAAAAACAAGUACAAGCACAGAGACACGUAGCAGCUCUAGUGAAAGUUCCCAUUCUUCUUCCUCUCAUUCUCAUGGUAAAACUACACCUACAAAGACAUUGCAGCCCACGAAUCCUACAGACAGCAAUAACCCAGAAACCAUCUUCCAGUUCUCCGACUGAGAAGCAGAGGAUAUCCUGUCUGGAGGAGUUCAGUGGUUAUAGACUUCGGCAGUACCUGUAUUGUCUUCUCCUGCCCGUCCUCCCUUUGGCUUACAGGCUGCUGCAGGAAGACGUCUGUUGCUUUAGAAAUGUAUUUUAGUCAUACCUUUUUAGCUUUGUAUUUCCAUACCUUUCCUUUUGGCGUUGUUUGGUAUCACUGGAUAUAGUAUAAUACUGUUAUACAACCAACAUUGUAUUCUCUGGGGGCUGAAGUACUGGUGUGCAGUCAAGCUCAAGGUAAGUGGCUCUGCUGCUCUUGGUACCACUUGGAAGAAGACUGUUCCUCAGUGUCACAACCCUCUUCCCAGUUUCUUCCCCACUGCUCAAAGAAAGGAAAGCUCUGUAACAUAUCUAGAACUUCGGAAUCUUCUGCUCUUAGCCAGCUCUGUGAAGAAUGUUAUAGAAUUUGAUUCUUCAUGCGUGUAAAGAAUCAUUGGUACAAUGCACCAAAGCAGUAUAGUACUUUAAAGCCUUUUAAAUUUAUGGUUACAUUCUGUCCCAUUUAUUUGAAUUUUAAGAUCAAAAAUGAAGCAGUAUAGAACUCUUAUUUUCUUUAAAAAAUAACUCCACAUAUCUUGUUAUAAACAACUGAGAAUAGCAGUCUUAGAUUUUAUUUAUUUUUUUAUUUUUUAAAAACGCUUCUAGAGUAAAAGAUAUCUGAUAAGGUGAGAAUUCUAAUACUGUGAUACAAGAAUUUUUUUUUUUAAGUUACUAACUUCUAAAAGAUUUUACAGAUUCUAAAAUGUAAUGCUAUAAGAGAAAACUAAAUUUCGUAUUUCAUGCUUUGAAAAGUGAUCACAGGUUAAAAUACCUAUUUCAAGAUUUAAUUAUAAUUUAUAUUUUCUUUUUAUAGUUACACAAUAAUUUUAAAAUACUAAGAUUUUUUUAAAGAUGAGUGAACUCCAGUUUCAACAUUUGUUACUAUAGGGUCCAUAAAAAUGCAUACCAAGUUAUUUGAAUUUUGCAUUGUGCAAAUAUGGCAGUCUAAUAGUAACUGUAAAAUAUUAGAAUAUAUGCUUUAUUUUUUGCACUUUAGGACAUCCAAAGGAGAUGUUUUAGAAUAAAGUGCACUCAGAUCUCUCUUCCUACAAGGUGCUGAGCACUGUUUUAUUGGGCUGAAUGACCUGAAAUCCACCAUAUUUGGUGGUUGUGGUCAUUGUGAAGGAGAAUUCUGUACUUUGCAGGAGUGAAUCCCUGUAUAUUACCCACUGUUUUCAUUCCUUACUGUAAAAUGCAAAGCUCUUUCUAUUUUGCUUUUACAUUGUAUAUAACAAAUACUAGACUUGGGCACCUUGUGUAGUGUAGAUGUUAACAACUUAUGCACUGGGAAUACUAAAGGGAAAUUAUAUUGAACACUGUGCUUCACAACUUGUUCACUGUGGUGUUCUACAGUGAAGUAUUUCCUACUGUGAUAGUAUAGUAUGUAAAUAACUGUUUGGAAUCAUAAAUGUGACUUACAGAAACAUCAGCAUAAACUUUUAAAUCAGUAUAUUUUAUAAAUUUAUGGAGAGCUCUUUUAUAGCUUGUAUUCUUAAUGACUAGGGGUAACUUAAGUGCUAAAGAUAACUCCUGUUUUGCAAAUGCUUACAUGUGUAAGUUUCCACUGAAGUCAGAGAGGCUCCUUGUCAUAUGCCUAAAUUUGUGUGAUGGAAGACCAAUUGACUAGAGGAUUUUGUUAACAGCUGUCUCUAUCCUAAAGUAACCUUAAUCCAAACCCUAUGCAAAAAAAAAAGGUUAUAGAAAUUGUUUAUAUCAGUGGUUUUAUUUAUAGAAUUAUAUCAGAUAUCAGUAUUGACAAAUACAAUACAUCCAUGUUUACAGGGAUUGUGUGUAUCAAAACAAGGCUUUGUAGCCCAACAUGUUUGUUCUGUGUUUCUUUAAUAUAGAUAAUGGCAUUCUGAGGUUUUGGAAUUGCUCAUGUGAAAUAGUUUACUACUUUCUUGAUGUGAAUGUCAACAGUAAUUGCAGCAUUAAUUUCAGGUUGAUGUGAAUAUUGAGAUUUGCACUGUUUAUGUAGAAGUAGAAUAUUUAAAGAUCAGUCUAUGUGCUAAUAACACAAUCAGUUUUAAGUGGCUGAUGUUAAAAUAUUGAAAAAUAAUUGUCAAUGUAAUAUAUUCAGGUUUGCUUUCUGAAUGCUCUCUUUGGAAGUAAUCUCAAUAGUGAACAUGGCUCAUUUGUAAAAGAAUACUUUUCCUCUCCCAAAUAAACUUGCUGUAAAUACAACAAACAAUCCACCAUUAAUACUUGUUAUGCAGACGAUGUAAGUGAAUUGGGAGAUUGGAGAACAGGUUGUAUGUAAAGUUUGCACUUUGAGGAGUUCGUGGAACUUGUUGUCUUCAGGAUGAUGACAACAAAAAGCAAUUUCAGUCUGAUUUCAUUUAAGUGUAAGAAACUUUUGGAUACCAGGUGGAUUUGGAAUAUUGUGACCCAGCUAAAAGAACUUGAAUGUUAGGAACACGGAACAGUUUUUUCCCUGUUGGGAAAUUUAAAGUGUUUCUUGACAAACUGAUGAAAAAUGAAGAAUGUUUGCACUAAACAAUAGGUAACAAAGAUACUAAGUACUAGAGAUAAUGGCUGUACUGUCAAUCUUUUUUUCUACACAGAUUUUGAGUGACUGUUGUGAGACUGAAGUUAUUAGUAUACAUCACUUGUAUCAAAGACAACUUUUAUAGCUGAAUAUUUCUGUGUCCUCUUUGUGCUCCCAUGGUAGUUGUUUAAUAAAAAUUUAAACCCAGGGUAUUUCUUUGGACAGGGCUAAGUACAUUUAGGUAUUACCUUGUCUUUGCUUUGAACCAGUUACCCAGGGUAGCUGAAAUGUUUCUGACCUCUGACUGCCUGCUGCCUCCAGGUAACAGAGCUCUUGAGGAAGUAGAUUUGACAGUAAGCUGUCUGAAUUUUUAGAUUAGCAUAAACAACUGUACAUGCUUUGUACAUGUACAUGUACAUUGAUACAUUGAAACUUGAGUUGCAACUAGGCUGCUUAAGAGUAAGUUUACUUCUUGUUCUGAUGUCUCUGCAGGAGUGUAUUUACUCUUUUGCAGAACAGUGUUUUAAUCUCUUGACCAGCCUGGAACUCAAGGUCAUAUAUAAAGACCAUGGGCCAUGUUUGCAUACUCAGACCACUGUUUCAAAUUUGAAGUGUACAAAUUAAUCUUCAUUAGUACUAUAAAUACUUUAUAUUGUCUUGGUGAAGAGAUGUUACACUGUAAAUGAUGUAUAUACUUGGAUUAAGUUUUCUUCACAGUGCAGCAGCACUGUGAUACCUCAAUCAGCUUUAAUGUUGGUAAUGAUAUCUGUCUGCUGUCAGAAAUACAGUGCUAUCAGCAAUGUUGUAGGCAGAUUUGUGUGAAAAGUCAAAUUUCUUAUGAGUAAAAAUUUCAAUUAGUGUGGGUUUUAAUCUAAUCUUCAAAGUACUCAAUAUCUGGUAAAGCCAUUUCUUUGUAAUACUUUUAGAAACACAAAUACUUCUAUUAGCAGGUAAUUCUGCUAAAGCAUUUAAAGAAGUACAAAGAAAAUAACAUGACUUACUGUUUCUCUGGCUUAGUGAAAUUUCUAUACUUCAAGGAAAAGAAUCAGUGUAUAUGGCAUGUGUAUUGUUUACUGCUAUGAAAAAAAACCCUAUUAAACACUUUGUUAAACAAUUGGGAGCGAGGGGCAACAUGUAUUGCAUCACAGAAUGGAUUGAGGCUUCAAACUGGCUCUGCUGAUGGACAUAUUUUCUCAGCCCUUUUCCAUGGCUACUUUUCUGAACAAAACAAUAAUUCCUACACAGCUGUAUCCCUUCUCAGUCAUCUGAGAACAGAAUAAUUCUCAGCAGAAAAUAUGGUUCAGUGGUUGUAAUGAAAUGUUACACAAACAUCUUAUAUUUUUAAUUUGUGCAUGUGUUCUCUGCAUGCAUGUAGAUGCAUGCUGUAUUGCAUGUCUAGAUCUCAAUUUAAAGUAAUAUGCCUUGAUUAAGAGAAAUUGUAUUUUAAAAAUGGGUUCUGAACUCACACAGAUUUGGAGGACCAGAUAAGGACACUGCCACAGAACAGGAAGGUUGUAAGAAGUCAGAGGUGAGAAGCUUCUGGGAAGAUAUUUUCAGGGGUAAUUUCUCCCUUCGCUAUCUCCAUGUGCAUGUAUUAUUCACUGACAAUGAGUUGCAAGCUUUCUUGCCAGUUGUCCAACAUAAAUAUAUUUCCUACCUCUGCAGGUGCCUGAGUAUCUCUGUGUGUAGCUUUAUAACAUUUAGUUCAUCAUAUUGAAAUUCUUCAUUCUUUCUUCAUUUUUUCCCCAUGUGAAGUGGAGAAAGUGAGUCUUUUUCAAAUUCCGGUUUUUGCAUGGCAAAACAUGACAUUGCUUUCCUUCAGUUGAGAGAGUUGACUGAAUAUUGUGGAUUGAGAGAACAGAAUAUAACAUGGAUAUCUCAGCUAAAGAAAUAAAAGUGCUUUGAUCACUGUCUGCCAGUGAGGAACACUUCUCAGUUUGGUCCUUUGGCCCACAAGGCACCAGAUUCUCUAAAAGGAGAAGAAAUGAGAGCUGUUCUUUUGCUCUCACCUGCCAUCACACACUUUUAUAUAUCACAUAUUAAAUAGAUUCUGAAAGUUCAGAACACCUGUGUAGAAAACUCAGACUGAUUCCUCUAGUCUGCACUAGAAAAUAAAGCUUUCAAUUACAUAGACCAGCUGAAACAGUCUCUUGUUUGUUGUAUCCAGAAACUGCAUAAUGGAGAAAUGCAAGAGACCUGCAAUAACAUAAAUUUCAAGAAAACCUGUAUUUUGGCAACCUUCAUGUUCUUUGUGAUAGAAAUGGAAGACAGCAAUUGGCUGGGAAACAAUUGUAAGUAUUUAGGUAGAGAUGCUAUGGGCUGCUCUGACUAAUACUUUAUUCAGUGGUAGAAAGGAAUCCAUAUUAUUCACAUGUAAAAUUGCUUUUAGAAAUUGGCAACCAAUCUAGCUGUAUUUACAAGAGCCAUGCAGAAGUCUGCUGACUUCCUUUGAAAUGCCAGUAAUAAAGGAAAAAAACCAGAACUCUUCUUUAAUUGCUUCAGGAACUGCCAAAAAACCUAACAGACAAAACUGCAAACUGAUUGCAAACUUCUUACAGCUUUCUUAAUACAAAGAUAUUUGUCAACAAAUCCAGCAUCAAAUGUUAUCAAAUCUUGGUCUUAUUUAUGUUCAUCUGAUUUUCCCUAGUUGUUUUUUUAUUUUGGUAAGUAUGUAGUUGUCUUAGUAUGACCAAAGGUCUAUUUUCAUAAGUAGGAGAAAAAUCGAAGGAUUUAGGAUUAGGCCUUGUGAAUAACCAAAAGAAAUCUGUUUGGAAGGGUAACCAUUUCAAAGUAUGCAUAUAUAUUAAUGAUAUUUGCUGAUGAAAUUGUCUAACCAAGUACAUUUUAUCUAAGUCACAGGUGUGAUUUUGUGUGACAUUCAGCUAUGCUAAAAAGGCUUUCAAGUAUGAAGUCUUUGGAGUUUAGGAGAGUCAGAGGAAGGGGGAAAUUUAAAGAUGAUGCUGCAAAGAGGAUUGUCCCUAAGAUACUGAAGUGACUGGUUACAGAGGUACCAUCGUAUGGGCUGCAGAAGCUCACUCAGUAGUAAUAGUACACAUGCUUCUUUUCCUUUAAAAUUAAUAUAGAGUGGAGAAGAGAAACUAAAUUCACAAAAGCAGCAAAUACCUCAAAGAUUAUCUCAGAUGUCUCCUUAAUGAGUUUUCAUCCUUUAAACAGAUAUCUCUGCUGUAUGUAACAGUUACUCUUGUUGAAGCUAUGCCUGCUUGAGGGAACUGGAUCCCUCUCUGUGGUGAUGUGCUCACUGUAGAGGGAUGCUAAAAAUUAGAACUCAAGGUGCUGUGUCCCUGCUGCUUUUAAGUUCAAGUGUUCAUACAGUGCUGUUCAGUAUGUAUCACCAUGUCAGUCCAAUUGAUAUUCAGCUGUGGCAGGUCAGUGCAAUUUUAGUGCUGUCAAAUUAAAAGGAAGAGUCGAGAUCUACUUCAGGACCAAAGUAAGAACAGGUUUUGAAUCUUAACAUACAUGUGGAUUACAAAAAUGAAUAAAAGUUUGGCAUUGGCUUUCGACCUUGACAGUCUAAAGAUGCUCCUGCAGCAAAUGUGGAUACGUCCAGAUAUCUGUACAGUAUUGAUCUCUUUCACCUGCAGAGAAAGAAACCUGCAAAAUUAUUUCAUGCCAGAUAAAAACUUUUGCUGGAGUCCUAGUAGAAGAAAUCAUCCCUAAUUUCUACCUUUACCUUUGAAGCUAUGAAGGCAAAAAUGAAUUGGUGACAGAUUCUGACAGCUGGUUAUAAAGGAGCAGGCUGUGUUAAUUUGCUGCGAGAGGAACAGGGCGUUCUAUUUCAUGUGUCAGUGUGGGCAGGGAGUGGGGAGAGGGAAAGAAAUGGGAAGAAGGGAAUGCUGAGUGCUUUGCCUCUCUGUAAUUUACAGGACAUUCUGGUUGCACACCGUGCUUUUGAAGGAGCAAUGAUCUCCACAUUCAAUUAAAAUAUUUUUGAAUGAAAAAACCCACACAGAUUAACCUGACAACUUUUCUUCUUGGAAACAGUGCCAUUUUUAAAUGGCAAAUGCAGCGUCGUGGACUUUGAUUUCCUCAUUUCCUUAAUGGCAGUUAUCAACAGAUUACAGCAAAAUUUUCUUUCUGACAAAUACACACCUCUCUAAAAUAAUCUUUGUCAUGCCAACAAAGUGCAAAACCUUGUGAUAGAAGGUUAUCAAAAAGCAAGAGAAUUUUUCUCAGUAUUCAGAAAACGAAUAAGGACUGUUGGAGUGAGUCCACAGGAGGAUUCUGAAUUUGAUGGAAAAAGUAUUAGAAGAAAGGAUAAUUUUUGAAUACAGUGGUGGAGAAAAUACAGGAAAGCUGUGUUCUAGAAGACUGCUCAGGAUGUAUGGAAGAUUGGUGGAACCAGAUGUCAGGUGAAUGCUCCUGUCUCUAGAGCUGUUAAAGCAUAACUGUGCCUAUUUGAAGAAUGAUAAGCCCAGCCUGUAGGCCUGUCCUGUCAGAGCCACAGGUUUUAGGAAAAUCUAGUGUUGGGCUUCUUUCUUGGAGGUACUUCUUAUUUGCAAGUCUUGUUAACCACCAGGGUAUGAUCAACAUUUAGGAGAUGAGACUCUUCCCCUACUUUGGAAUGGUAACUGUAACUGCUGAUCUUCAGCAGUCUGUUUUCUUCUUCAGGCUAUGAUGUUCAAACUAGGAAGAGAUUUUGUUUUUGUUGCCCCACAUUGUGUGGUUAACCACUGUGGUGGCUUCAAAGUUAACGCAAAGCCAUCUGGAGAAAUACCUCAUGUCAUUGUUAACGAGUCACCCUCAGAUUCCCGUAGGAGAAGCUCUUGCCUGAGCUGUGCGCAGUGCAGAGCAAGAGCCUGGAUCUUCCCUGUGGUUGCUGGUGGUCUGCACAUCCAUUGUUCUUUCUACUCUUGAAGUUGUGUGUGCUGGGAAUGCUUCUCACAGAAAAAUGUGAAAAAAAUAAACCAAACAUCUGUAUGCUAAGCAGGUGAUGAUACUUGGGUGAAGGCAGUUUUAUGGGUAAUAACCAGGGAGUUUAUUGGCUGUUGGAAUAUGUGUGACUUCUCUGGCGGUAGGGAGAAGUAUCUGAACAAGUCUCUAAGACAGACUGAUGGUAUUUGAGCUAUUACUGAUCUCUUCCUCUCUUUGGAGGAGAAUGUAGGAAUAUGUCUAUAUAUGGUAAAAUCCUAUGGUAUAAUGGUAUCAUCAUAUCUAAAGAAUCCUACAUUUUUCUAGUAUACAUUUGGAUUAAGUAAGUUAUUCAGGUUUUUUUUAGGUUUUUCAGGGUGUGUAUGGUGUUUGCUUUUCAUUACUAUUAUUUAUUUUUACUCCUCUUAUUGUAUACUUAGCUCUGUCCUGGCCAUUCUAUUUAUGUUAACCCACUUAUCUCUGAUUUCUGUAGUCUUUCUGCUUGUUCUGAAGGGUAAUACAUGGGUAUUUCUCCCCAAAAAGAGCUGUAGUGUCAAGUGACCAAUUUACCAAGGAAAUAAAAGUAUGAAGAAAUGCUAUGCUAUAAACAUUUUCCUUUAUCAGUGUGGAAAUACCCAGCUUAAAUUGCACUGGUCAUGAAAUAGGUACCUUACUCUUCAGAUGAUUUACCAGACAAACAGAAUGGGUAGUGUUACAAGUACAAAAAGAACAGUUUUAAAAAUAGCUAAAUAAAAACUUUGGGCAGGGGAAAUGAGUGCAAACCAAAAGGUAUGAGCUGAAGUAGCACCUUCAAACUUGUAUCUAAAUAUACUCUGAACAAGGUGCCAGAUCUGGCUGGCUGUCUUAUCUUUGACACUUUGAAGUACAGUUAGGUCAGCAGCAGGUAGGAGAAAUCAUCUUUGUCCUGUAGAUGUGGAACUUCAGAUUUGCAGGGAGCUGUGCUUGGAUCCAGUAGGAGCAGUAAGAGGCUGAAACUGGCAGUCCCCAGAAGUUCUGUUUGUGAAUCAUCUUUGUGAAGAUAGCAAAGUCCACAGGAGGAUAGUUCACAUCCAUUUCCAAGCAGCUGUAGCCACAGUAACAUUAUUGUUAUCUACUUGAGUUUUUAUCAAGCAGCUAAAAAAAGCAUAUGUGCUGUUCUUACUUUAUCUGUGCUGAUAAAAUGAUCUCUAGGGCAGUGAGGCAGACGGGAAAUUAUAUUCUGUGGUUUCAGAUGAAUGCUAGACCUUUUGGAGGCUUCUCUGAUCAUGUUACUGUAUUUUAAAUGAACCAUGUUUCAGUCAUCAUCUUCUCUGGAAAUACCGAGUUGAGCUUUUCAUAGAAAGGAACCAUGACAUAUCAGAGGAUAUUAAGAGGAAAAAAAUUAAUUUUAGAGAAUCUCAGAAGCUGCAGAGUUUGUCUUCUGACCUACAAGAGCAAGUGUUAGGCAAUAGAGUUCUGAAAGGUUGAGUUAGACCAGAUAAGGUAAAUUGUAGUGUGUAAAGCCAACUGAAUAUUGUAAGAACAUCAGAAAUGUAAUGCUGAGUCAAACCAGUGGGACCAGAAUUGCACCAGCACUCCAGUGCAGAUUACAGUGUGGGCUACGCUGUGGCUGCUUUGUCCUCAGUAGUCUUUUCAGUGAUUCUUGGUGUUUUGUAGGUGCCACUGCACAAUGCAGCAAGGAUUUCAGGCAAUUGUCUGUGAUUUCCUGACAUCCUGUAUCAAAUAUUAAUCAGCUGUCUCUAGACAAAUUACUUGUGUUUAACCAGUUCAUGUUGCCUGAAAAACAUCCAGUCUUGUUCUGGAGACAUCAAGACUAGAAGACUCCGCUGCCUCUUUGGUAUUUAACCAAAUAGUUAAUUAUUAUAACUUUUAUAAGAUCUGAUUUCUUAUAUAACUUUAUUUGGAGAAGAUCUAAACUUGUUUGGUUUGGUUUUGGUUUUUUUUGUUUUCCGUGUUACUCUGUUUUUAAAUGCUGUUUUCUUUACAUGAUAUUUAAUUUCCAGAACAUAAAGCAAAUUUUUUUUGAUUCUGCCAGUUAUGACAUAAACUGGUGACUUAUCAGAUCUCUGAACUCAUAUUUGCUAUGCAGAAAUAGCAGCUCACACUUGUUUACUGGGUCCACUUCAUAGUGUUUCUGACCAGUAGGAGUAUGGAUCUCUUGGAAUUAUCCCCAGUUGAUCCUAGAAAGUCUCCUUCUCCCCUCUCUGCUAAGGACCUUUGCUACAUUAUAACGUGGCCUUGUAUGCACAUUUUCUCUUAGGGUCGCAUCAGGCUGGGCAGGCUGUGUUCUCCCACUGUCUUCCACCUUCCUUUAGCUCAUAGGCAGGAGCCCCGUGUCCUCAGGAUGCCCCUGGUGUUCCAUGACCUGUCCAAAGGCUCAUGAUGAGACCCAGGGGAGCCACUCUUUGUUUAAGACUAUUUCGUACUAAUUCUGGAUCUGCUGAUUUUUAAAAGACUUCUCUCCAGUAUUAACAUAAUUGAAACAUCUAAUUUAAAUGCAUGAUCUUUCACUCUUUCUAAACACAGAACAAAAAUAGGUGCUGAGCACUCCUUUGUCACCAACGUUUUUCUUGCCUCUGGAUACUAAUGAGCUGAUGACAUUGAAACAAUUAUUCAUUGUCCUCGACAACUUUUUAGCUAUUUGUCAUAGUACUCACAACAUGCAGUGUUUUCUGUCAAUGUUUUAAGCUAUCUACAGGUUUAGAAUUUUCCGAAGUUAUUUGUAGCUUUCGACUCCCUCUGGUGGUCUGGCAAUGGAGCUGGCAAAUAGUUUAACUAUUGCUGACUGUAGCAAGCAACCCGUUUGAAUGAGUGUGACAUUGUAUUUAUUUUUACUCUUAAGAAACAGUGAAAAAUGGUACGUGGCUGGUUUCCUGUUUUGAAAAGGAGAGGCCUAAUGUAGUGCAAAACCGUUGUAUCUUUCUAAAAACAUAAAACUACUACUUUUUAAAAUCCAUAAUUCUAUUCUGGACACUAUUUUCAUAAGUAAAUCAAAAGAAGAGGAAAAUGUCUUUGCCUCUGAGGUUCAGCUUGUCUAGGAAGAAAUUAUUUUUUGAGUUUAAGCUAGAGAUUAAGCUACAGUCUUCACAUCAAGAAUUUAGCUGAACUGUGUCUGUAAGUUUUGUUAUUGUGCAAAGAUGGUGCGAGGCCCCUCUUCACCUGCUUCCCUAUGAGCAGUGUUGGACAUCAGUUUGAAAUAGAGCAGGAAAAAGGCUUACCGUGAGAACAGCACAGUGAAAGACCCAUCAUUAGACCCUAACCUGGCUUUUCCGUGAACUUAAAAGUAGCCAGAGCACUUAUCUGAAAUCCUGAGAUCUUUGAACAAGACAAAAAUGUUUUACACUAACAGGAUAAAAAAAAAAAAACAAAAAAAAACCCCAGCAAACUAUAGCAUUUGUCUUCCCAUUUUGCUUCCUAUUUCUUACUACAUGUUAAUAUAGGAUAGCACAUUUACUGGCACCAUAUAAUUCUAAAAGUAUGGUUGUGGAGCACAUCGCAAUUCAGAUAUAAAUACAUUUAUUUAGCCUCCAAAAAAAAAGUGUAGUGCAGUUUUUUAAAAAUUCUAGGAGGUGCCUUUUUUUUUUUUUUGGUGUGUGUAAAUAUGUUCACCUGUGGUGCAGAGGAUAUUUCCAGGCGCAGUGUGGCAGGUUUAAAAUGUAGUAUGAAACACUGAGCUGGAAGAAUGUGAUUGUAGUAGAUACUGGCAGUUGAGUGAUACUCUGUUGCCCUUUCAUUGGCAGUGCUGGCUCCCAUUUCACGAGUGGGCUUGGAAAGGACCUCUUUUGGAGUCUGACUUUUUUUUUUUUUCCGGCACAUUUAGUAAUUAAAUUUUGGAUUCAGACAAUCAGUAUCAAUGACUGCGAGCCCCUGUCAUUUAUUAAAGACUGUGAAUUAACAUCAAGUGAUUUAAUGAAAUAGUAAAAAACCAUCUGUUUGUCUGAUUGUACAGGCAAUUCCAUUUUCAGUAUCAAUUGCCCGUUAUCUCACAAGUGCAGUAUGAACUGAAUCAGUUUGAGGGCAACAAACUACAAAAUCAAAAGUCCAUUGUGAAGAAAGCUUUUCAGGUUCCUAAGUUUUCUUGAAUUGUUUUGUGUAUGAUUUUAACUCUCGAACAGCCAUAAGGGCUUUAUGAUUUACAAGGUAAUGUACAUUUGCAGAUGUAAGUAUUUUAUAUCUAAGCAAAUAAAUUCAUCUAAGUACAAAACCUUGAAAUGUUGAAAUAAUUUGGUAAAAGUUUAUUUCACUUUUCACAUGAUUGUCUUCCUUGCUAUGAGCAGGGGUGGCUGGUUUUAUAAUGGGCUUGUUGUCAGAUUGUUGAUUUAGUGGAUACUGUUCAGUCUCACUUCCCUUCAAACAGUAUGUUUAUACUCUUGAAAAGGAGACAAAUGUCACUGUGAAAUUAUUUCCUCAAACAAUUUUCAUUUUCAUAGAGAUUACUGACUUCAGUAGGAAUGGAGAGCUGUGUAGUUGCCUCCUUUCACUAACAAUGUUGCACAAACUGAAAAAAAAACCCCUUUGAUUCCAGUAAAAGUUUUGCUUCCAUAAUGGUUAUGAGCUGUGCUUUUCUCUGUAGAGAAAUUAAUUAUCACACUAAUGAGUUUUGGCAUGAGAAUUUUCUGCACUUCACAUUUGAGAAAAUAGCAGACGGUAGUAGGAGUUGAUUAUGAUUGUCUUAAAAUACAAAUAAUAUUUGAAUUGCAUCUCUGAUCACUUGCAGUAGGAAUAUAUUUAACAUUCUAAUAGUCAUUACAAUGUUGAUUUUAAUUGAAAGAUAAAAGAUUGUUAUAAUUACCAUUUGUGCUGAGAAAAAGCUUUUUAAUGUUUACUUUUUUAUUUUACUAUGGAUAUAUAAAAAAAGGACUUUUAUGCUGUCUUCUGUAGCAUCACACUUCCCCCAAAAUUGUUUUCUUUCUUUGAUGUAUGCUAUAGGUAGAAAAAUAAUUUUAAUAAUCAGCAUUAUGACUAGCAGUUUCAGACAAACCUUUUGGAAAAAAAACACCAUACCAUUGGUCAGUGUGCCAAACUAAAACCAGAGUAGUAACUAAACUUGCAGAGUAAACACUUUUUCUUUAAAUAGUGGAACAACACUGGCCAUUAAGCAUUGCUAACCUUUGACACAAGUUGGCUGUUAAUCUUGGAUUCUUCCCUGCCACUUCAGUGGAGAAUAGUAUUUGUCUAAGAAGCUAAAAAUUUGGUCUGGAAUAAAAAACCCAUUGACCCUGUAAGUUUGCUUGCAGGAGGUUUUUUCCUCUGGUCUGGAUUUUGAGCAUUCUAUUUUCAUAUGUUGCCUUUAUAAAUGCAAGUACUUUUUGAAUUGGUUUUUCUAAUUCCUUGUUCUAGAAUGUUUAAUAUCUUAGCAGAGAUUAAAGUGCUACUUUAUUUAAGUCAGUUAAUAGUCUUUCUAACACUGUCACCUGCUUAAAGGCCCAUCACACCUGUUUCUCAUAGAUCUGUGUGGAGUACUGGUGCAGAAAGUUUCUUUACCAGGUUUAUUUUCAGGUUGUGAGAAGCAUGAGAGUACCAUAUCAGUGUAUGUACUGGGUUUGUGUGGGCAGGUUUUGGUAGUGGAGGGGACGCUGCAGGAGUGGCUUCUGUGAGAAGUUGCUGAAGCAUCCUUCACAUCUGACAAAGCCAAUGCAGGUUGGCUCCAGGAUGGAUCCACCGCUGGCCAAGGCUGAGUCCAUCAGAGAUGAUAGUAAAACCUCUGUGAUAACAUACUUAAGAAGGAAAAAAUGUUACUGCACAGAUGUAAUUGUGACUAGGAAGAGAGGAAUGAAAAUGUGUGAUAGGAACAGCACUGCAGGAGCCAAGGUCCGUGCAGAAGGAGGGGCAGGAGGUGCUCCAGGCACCGGAGCUGGGAUUCCCCUGCAGCCCGUGGUGCAGCCCGCGGUGAGGCAGCUGUGCCCCUGCAGCCACGGAGGAUGAGGGAGCAGAGAUCCAGCUGGAGCAGGUGGAUGCCCAGAGGAAGGCUGGGGAUCCAUGGGAACACGCUCCUGACAGGGACCUGCAGACCCGUGGAGAGAGAAGCACAGGUCAGGGAGGAUUUGCUGGCAGGACUUGUGACCCCAGGAGGGACCCACACCGGAGAAGCCUGUUCCUGAAGGACUGCAUCCUAUACAAAUGGACCCAGGCUGCAGCAGUUCCUGCAGAACUGUAGUCCCUGGGAAGGACUCACACUGGAGAAGUUCAUGGAGAACCGUCUCUCAUGGGAAGAACCACACACUGCAGCAGGGGAAGGACUCCCCUCCCUGAGCCAUGGCAAAAACAACAGGUGAUGAACUCACCAAAACCCCUGUUCUCUGUCUGCCUGUGCUGCCAGAGGGCAGGAGGUAGAGCCCAGGAAAGAGGGAGGGGUGGGGGGGAAGGUGUUUUUAUGAUUUAGUUUAUUUCUUAUAACUCUGCUCUAAUUUUGGUUGGUAAUAAAUUCAAUUAAUAUCUGCAAAUAGAAUCUGUUUUGCCUGUGCCAGUAAUCAGUGAGUGACCUCUGCCUGCCCAUGUCUCAACUCCUGAGCCUUUUGUUGUAUUUUCUCUCCUUGUCCACUCUGGAGGGGAAUGAUCAUGGCUCUGGGGGGUACCUGGCACCCACCCAGGACCAGACCACCACAGAGUGUAGCUGUGUAGUGAAAGGCCCUGUUUCUUCAUAGCAAGCUCAUGAAAUUGCACUGAACAAUCCACAACUUCUUUUCCCCCUGUGUUUGGGGGAAUUGGAGUGCGAGAGGUGGCAUAAGGCAAACUUGAUUGACAAUACAUCUUAGUUACUUUUCCUGGAUUUUGUAUUUCCCUCCUUCUCACCAAGUAUUUGGUAUAUUUGGUAGCCAGCAGCCUCACCUUACAAGCUGUGUAUUUCUAGCCAAGUACAUGUAUACUCUGGUCUGCCUCAACAGUGUAAUAAAUAGGCCAUUUCCAGAAAACAACAGUUUGUUUAAGGUUGAAAAAAUAAGGGACACUUGAAAACGUGCUUGUUUUCUCUACUACUUUUAUGCUAUUCAUUCCAAAUACAUUAUUGUAUUCCAUUAUGGGUCAUCUACAAUGGAAUCUUCUCAGAGCCGUCUUGGGUGUAUGGAAGUUUCAUUAAUGUUAAAGCAGAUUUCCUAAGCAUUUCAAAAUGUGCUAAUUCCUUUUGCAUAGAUGUCUCACUUCAUAAAUAGGAGCUGUUGAGAGAAUAAGCCUGAUGAGCUGCAAUGUAAAUAUUUUAAUACUAUUGCUGGUAGCUUUUAGUGAAAUGAUGCGAUCAGUGCUAACAAAAUGUGUUAGAAUUGUUGUGAAUCAAUAUGAAUAAUCUUCAUAGGCUAAUUAGCUCUUUUAGAAAGUUGAAAUUUUAGUUUUCAUAGUCUUAUCUGUAAAAGAACUAGUAGUUAUACUAACAAACAUUUUGAAUUAUCAUUCUUCUCCUCCCUAAUUUUUAACUUACCUUUUCUCCCCAGUAAAAAAACAUGUUAUAGUCAGUUUGAUGUUCUCUGGAGCUUCUGAAAAAUUAUGUAUGCAAAAAAUGCUUUAUUACUUAUUUCUCCUUUUGAUUUUGUUACGUUAUUAAAUCCUCUCUCCAGUCCUCCAGUACUCCAUUGUAUUUUUUAAAUGCUGUUAUGUUCCGCUACCAUUUCAUUUCGCUUUUAAAAUCUGAAAAAUAUUUUGUUUGAAAUGGGACUGUAACCUGAAGGUGCUAUAAAAGUAACUUGACUAAAAGGCAAAUUACAAUAUCUGAAUUUUGUGUUAUGCUUUUAAUAACUCUGGGAAUGAGAAGUAAAUUACUUGAAACACUGAAGAAGACGUUUCAUGCCUGUCACGGAGUUGCAAUAGCUGUGAUGGUCUAAGGAUGAUGGAAGCAAAACAAGAUUUGUUGGAAGUAGUAUUUAUUACAUUGAGGAUAUAUAGCUGGGGAACACAGUAGCAAAACACCUGUAGUUGUGUAAGCCUAGCUCUGUUCCUGGUUAAUUAGUGAUUCAAUGGGAAUUACAGAUCUUUUUAAAAAUGCUUGCUGUUUCUCAUGUUUCAGCUGAUGAUCAAAAUGAAACAAAACUUCAGAAAGCACCUGUCUCUAAUAUAUGUGAUGACACACAAACUAGACAAUUGUUUAGAAAUUCUGUUAUGUCAGCAGCUCUCUCAAUGCCCAUAGGCAAUGUCAUGUUUAAAUUUAACAGAUCUAUUUAUAGAACAGCCAGUAGUUUUACAUUUGCCCAAAUUUGACUUCUGGCUUUGUGAACUUGUGAUUUCUGAAGACCAACAUGUGCUAGAUCCAGAGGAGUGCAAUGAAUGUAAAAGCAAAAAUUACAUCCAGCCUGUUUUUUGAAUCUUCUUCAUCCUCUGUGACAGUCAUCCUCACAAACACAACCAAUUUCCUAUGGCUUCACUGAUUUCUCAUUUCUAUGGAUUAAAAGAAUUAAUUGUACAAGUCUGCACUAUGAUCCAAGGAUGUGGAGCGAGACGCUCGAAUACUUUGAAUUCACAUUGUGUGUAACUACACUGUAUCUCUGCAAAACCUGUUC